AAUUUAUUAACAAUAGAAACCCUAUUUCCCCUCCAUGUUCCCUAUUUCCCCUCAAUGUUCCCUAUUUCCUUGUAACCGCUCCACCUCUUCACCCAAUUCUGAUUUCAUUGUUGACAAACAGGUGCAUAAGCCUUCACCGCUUAGGAUCCUCUCGCUCCUUGUUCCAAUCGCUGUUCUCGGGCUCCAUCUCUGUUCGCUGGUCCAGCUCUGUUUCUGCUCGCCAAAAAUCUCCCUUUGCACUGGGUUUUCUUCCUCAGUGGAAGGAAGCGUGGUCGUCUUUUCGUUUGAGGAGGAAGUUCGAAGAGGACAGUAUUGGGUUUGUGCGUUAUUGGCUUGAAGGCAAGCGGGGUUUAAUAAUCUGUCCUUGUGAUAAGUGUGGUUUUAAUAAGCGGUUCACGAGAGAUGAGGUGCUUGAUCAUUUGUUAUGCAAACCAUUUCCGGAUGGUUACACAUUUUGGUAACAUUGAAAGCCAAGGCACCACCUCAGCUAAGCCAUCUCAAAAUGAUUCUCUUGGACAAGUCUUAGGACCAGAACGUUGUGGGAGAGUUCGGGGCAUGUCUUUUGGAGUGUGUCCUUCCCAAGUUUUUGGGUCUAGAAUUGAAAGAUUUUGUGGCACUACUCCCUCCUCUUCUACUGCUAGUGCCACUGACAUGCAGUUGCAAUUUGAGGUUGAUAAAUUACAAUCAAAAGUGGCAUCAGAUUCCCAAUUGAUUAAAGAAAUGGCAAACACAAUCGCCCUUCUAUGUCAGCAGACAAAUGUGCCUUUACCUGCUUCAGUUUCCUUAGUUACAAGUGAAACAAUAGUGCAAGAUGUUGUUGCCCAAUUUCCAACUCAAGGAGAAGCUAAUCAAUCACAAAAUGAUGAAGCAAAUGAACCAAAUAAUGUUCGAGGUUGAUAUGGAUAUCUAGUUUACUAGGAAGUACUUAUUCAAUUCAAUGAAACUUAUCCUGGCCUUGAUGAGAAGACUUUUAAUUAGUAUUUUGUUGCCUUAGACGUUUACCUCCCUACUGUUGCAGGUUUUGCUAUUGUUUAUUUUGUAGUACACUUUUCUUAGAAGACUAUCUUAUGUAAUACUAUUAUGUUUUAUCAUCAUUUAAUGAACCUUUUAAUUUUAUCAUA